CCUCAUUCUCCACAAACACUAAGCGGCCGAAGCUCCAAGCUCCGUCGAGUAGACGUCGGGUUGGUCAAUAGUCCUUUGACCACGUACUUCCUCUUUACUUUCUCUUAAAUCAAGUCAACUCGUUCCUCUAGAAACUUACCACCGCUGAGUCUGGGAAAGAAGUAUCACAGCUACGCCUUCCCUUUCGAAGUGCUCGAUUACAACCGAAGAAGCUUUGUUUCUCGCGAGCGCGUCGAGCAUCUCGCGAUCUACUUCUUCAUUCUCGCCCCUCCACAACAUAAGCGCACGCCGUCGCUGAUUAAAUCAAGAGCGGGAUCGCCAUGGAUUACGAUAUCAACAUGGACGAUGUCGCGGACGGUUUUGCACCUCCGACGGCGACAAUUGAUGACCACACAAGCAUCACACAACCCGCCAUAGCACCUUCUCCCUCGAACGAACGCGACCUAGAAGAUUCGACUAUCGUACGGAACAAGGUACACAUUCGAGGCUUGGACACAUUGACCACGGACGACAUCAAAAGCUAUGUUAAGAGUCACUUUGGUACUCCAGAGAGAGUUGAGUGGAUCGAUGAUGAAUCCGCAAACCUACUCUUUGGGUCGGAAAGUACGGCGCAGGAGGCUCUAGCAGCUUUGAGCGCCAUCGAAAUUGCCGACGUGACUCAAUUGCCUCCCAAAGAGACGAUUCCAGCCAAGGCAGUCGCAUCUCACCCAGAUGUCAAUCUCCAGAUCCGGUUCGCCGUGGUUUCCGACAGGAAGGUUCGAGGCGCCGCCGAGCGAAGCCGAUUCUACCUGCUGCACCCUGAAUUCGACCCAGAGGAGAGAAGACGACGAGAGGGAAACAGGAACAGAUAUCGCAAUCGGGACGGAGAUGACCGCCGCCGCAAUGACCGUGGAAGAAACCAACGUGGCCGAGACUCGAGCCCCGAGCUGUUCCACGCGAGCAUGUACGACGACGAUGAGGACACACUGGCAGACCGCAGGCCAGCACGUCACCCGAGAUCUCGCUCAAGAGACUCGACGUCGCGCGAAGAGCGGUCCUACUCGUCUCGCAAUCAGGAAAAGGAGCUGUUCCCCAGUCGGUUAUCAGGAGCAGGAAAGCGACAACGGAAUCGUUCUGCUUCACCCAUGCGGGAUCUCAAUGGUGAUGCAGCAAUGGAUGUAGAGGCAGCACGCGCGCCGAGGGCCAGCAACCGAAACAACAGGGAAAGGGCGUCCGGUAUCAGGGAUCGUCUGGCCGAGGACAACAAUUCCAGGGAAUUGUUUCCCACAAAGGGCUCGUCGAUGGGCAAGACGCAUAUGGACAGGGUUAUGGACGGCGCGGAUGAAGCCACGCGAAUCGUGCAGCAAAAGAUGAGCAUGAGCAACGAUCGCGCCGGCAAGAAGGACCUAUUCGAUCAGGACAGAACCGACACCACGGGUUCCGGUGCUGGAUUUUCCAUCAAGGGCGCGGCGGGUGCGAACGUCAAGGAGCUGUUCCCGAGCCGCUUUGGAGGUGGCGGCAAUACCGGAAAAGAACUCUUCGCCGACAAGUUGGAGGGCCGUGGCCGUCGGCGGCAGAAAGCCGAGGACCUGUUCUCGUAGUACUUCAAGACUUUGGGCGAGUACGCAAACAUUUUCCAGUUGGCAGGACGAAGGAGACUAUUUUACGACGAGUUUGGGAAAACAGCGGACGGCGUUCGCUGUUCAUUAGAUACCAUAGAGGUCUGAAAUUUCGCCAUGGGCCAGCGCCGUAGAAAAUGAACAUUUUUGCAGC